GUGUCGUUUAUUUUUUUUAGUUCCGCAUCUCUGGUUUCAAAAUAAAAGCUUUUGAGCGUAGAAAAGAAAACGUGCCUCAACCGGAUAUUCCGAUUCGGUGCUUUUAUUGUGAAAGUUUUUCACCGGAUGUUAAACAAAAAUCAACCAACCACGUUAAUGCUGGGGGAGUUAAAAACACGACGGACUUCUCUGAAGAGCAGCUUUAGAUGAAGAUGUCUUCAUUGGUGGCCUACGACGAUUCAGAGUCAGAGGACGAGUCCUGCGCUCAGAAGGAGGAAGGAGCUCCAGCGCCGUCCCAAACAGACCCUGCUGGAUGCAGUAACUCUGAUUUAAGGCCCAGGCCUGCAGACCCAGUUAGUGAUCAAAGUGUCACAGAACAAAGUGGCUCUACGUUGCAUUUUUACCCUGAGCUGCAACACUGGGACGGUGGGUAUUGUAGUGGGCGAAAAGACAAACAUUUUAAAGACAAUUCUGCUAAACCCAGGACAGCCGGACCUCUCCAGGCCCCUCUGUGUGUGCCUGAUGCUUCAAAUCCAGCUAAAAGAGUAUCGGCGUCCGCGUCUGGUGUCAGACCGUAUGUCCCUAAGAGACAGAGACACGCGCGGUCAGAGGAGACGGAGGACCAUGCAAACCCGCCAGAGCAGGUCCUGGAUGAUCUGACCAGGAAGAGUUCAGUUCUCUCAGACGGGUCGCUGAGAGUGAAGGCUUGUCUCGGGGAAAAACCCAAAGCGGCGGGGAUACCCAGGAAGCUGCUAAUGAGCCUGGAAGGCCACCAGGGGCCAGUCAAUACUGUGCAGUGGUGUCCUGUGCCUCAUGUUAGCCACCUGCUGGUGUCUGCCUCCAUGGACAAGACCUUUAAGGUGUGGGAUGGAGCAGAAAGUGGACGAUGCCUCAGGCUUUACACCUGCCACUCGGGAGCCGUGCGUGACGCCAGCUGGACACCCUGUGGGCAACAACUCCUCACCGGCUCAUUUGACAACACGGCUGCCAUCACUGAUGUGGAGACGGGGCAGCAGACAGUGAAAGUGGAUAACCAGUUUAAGGUGAUGUGUGCGGUCCUGCACCCAAACAGCCCAGAUGUCUUCCUGUGUGGAGGUUACAGCUCAGUGGUCAAGGCCUGGGACUCCCGCUGCUGCAAGGUUGUGAAAGCCUACAAAGCGGCCAUCCAGCAGACCCUGGACAUCCUGUUUCUUAGAGGUGGGAAGGAUUUCAUAACGAGCUCGGACUGCGUUAGUCGAGACUCCGCCGACCGGACCCUCAUCGCCUGGGACUACCAGACCACAGCCAAGGUCUCCAACCAGCUCUACCAUGAGCGUUACACGUGUCCAAGUUUGGCUCUUCACCCACAGGAGGAGUCGUUUGUUGCCCAAACCAAUGGGAACUACAUGGCACUGUUCUCCUCCCAGAGGCCCUACAGGAUGAACAAAAGGCGACGAUUCGAUGGACAUAAGGUGGAGGGCUAUGCUGUGCAGUGUGACUUUUCCCCAGAUGGAGCCAUACUGGCCUCGGGGAGCUCCACAGGCUCGGCCCACUUCUACGACUACCAAAGUGGGCGCGUGCUGCACUCGGUCCAGGCUCACAGCCAGCCCUGCCUGCGUGUCUCCCAGCAUCCCGUCCUCCCUGCGACCGCGGCCACUUGUGACUGGGCGGGCGAAAUCAAGAUCUGGCACUGAGAUCCGAGUGUGAAGAAGUGCAUUUAAUGUUUUAGCAGCAGAGAAUCCUCUGAUUGCGAAAAAAACCCCAGGAUGCACAGAUUUAAUAUUAAAUAUGUGCAAUGAGAAUAACCUGUAGAAAAACAUGCUCACUGUAAAAAGGAACUAAAAUGAAAUACAAUUUUCUUGAAAUUUACAUAUUUUCCCUUGAUUUGAGCAGCUAAAUAAGAUUAUCUGCCAAUAGAAGAUUAUUUUACCCCUA